AUGCUGCGUUGCUGUGCAGCUUCGCCCAAAUGGCGAUUCCUCCGCUGUGCACUUUUGGUGCGCGCAAGGCUGGCGCAGGCCCAGCAGCUGAGGCUCGGCAAACAGGUCAUUGGGCAGACCGGGCCCGUGGCCCCUGGUCUCUGCGGCGAAGCACGCAUCGCCGUGGAAGGGGAGGGAGCAUUGAGCAUCGAGUGGGAGCCCCCGAUAGAAAGCGGUGGCGCUGAUCUUGUUGCGUACAGGAUCUGGCUGCGACCGGUCUUCCAGGACGGUUUGGGUGGUUUCUUCCCAGCAGAUGGGUUCAUUGACCUGGGACUCUUCGAGCACAGGUCCAGAGGCCCUCGAACACAAAAAGCCCCCGUGAAGUUUGACCAGCUGCCUUCCUGCUCCGGAUGCCUUUGCAGCGUGGCCGCCAUCAACGCCGCAGGCCUGACCGGCUGUGCUUCGGAGGCUCCCGUAGUGUGGGCCAGCAGCAUGGACCGGCAGAAGGAGAUCUUCGAGCUCGGAGGUGCGUCAAGAGUGAAGAGCCGGCAUCAAUCUAUAUGA